GCCCGUGGCAUUCGGCAUCAUAGCCCGAGGAGAGUAGGGCAAGAAAGAAGACGCGGAGUGGAGGUAUAGAGGGUUUCGGCGCAACACCUCACCAGAAAACCAGAAAUCGAAUCCAAAAAAUAAGAUAUUGGAAAGGCAAAUGGCGCCGCCUCCCGGUCCUUAUUCCGGGACCAGUACUCUUGCUUUGGUGGCUCGUGCUUCUGCCUUCUCCGUCGGCCUUUUUUAUGGAAGCAUCAAGCUCAAGUAUCUCAAGGACCAGUAAUCUGUCGCUCCCGGUGGAACUCUUCAUUUUAUUUGAACUUCGCAUUUACUAUAUGUGAAUUUGUAUCUGGAAGUAUCAGGGCUUUUAUCCCUCCGAGGAUUUGAAGCUUACUUAUUGCAUGCAUAUAUUGUUUUAAGGGAAGGGGGGAGGUGGGGAGUAUUGGUUAGUUGGCUGUUCUGGUGUAGAAGGGUAGCUUUCUACAAUUAGGCAGGGUGUUCUCUGAGGAUUGUGUCAUGGUUAUGCAUCAGACAAGCAUAGUUGAAUGAUGUUUGCAGGCAUGCAUAACAAAACUGUAAUCAUAGCACCCAUCCAUACCUGAAUUGGUGAUUCUUAGAUAAUGGAAAUUGUACUUAAGAUCAUAUGAUCUUUGUGCUCUGAUGGCAGACCACCUCUCGUAAAAGAAUUAAAAAUAAAUAAAUAAAGGCUGGAAGGAAAGAACCCUAUAUUACUUCUGGCUGACUUCACUAACAUAAUUUUGGUGAACGUAUUCCAAGGAUUUCCUUAACUUGCUUACGACAAGGAGUUUGAUUUGUCAUGUAUGCUAGAAGUUGGUACAUUUACAUACACAUCAUGCAUGUCAUAGCAUUCUCUG